AAACCCUCUCAUUUGUAGAUCAUAAACCUCACUUCUACUUUUCUAUCUCUCUAGUCUCUCUUCAAAUUCUGAAAGCAAAUUCUCUCUUAACUCUCAUUAAUGGCAGACGACAGUAUGGAUUCUGAUGCAUGCGUUGGCUUCAAACGCAGAAUCCCUGAUUUCAAAGAAACUCCAAUUCUUGAUCUUCACCAACAACAAGAAUCCACCAAUUCUUGUUCUGCUGUUUCCACUACUCCACAACUUGAUAAUGAUUCGAACGAAUCUUCACCUCUAAAAGAAGACCAAGAUUUCAUUCAACAUAUUCCUAGUCCUUCCAAGAAAGUUAAGUCUUCUUUCACUCCAACUCCACAUGAUAAUCAACAUGUUUUUGCUUUUUGUGAUGGUGAAAAGGGUGUUAUAGGUGAUUUGGUUUCUGGGUCUUGUGUAUGUGAUGGGAAUAAUGAGGAUUUAGCCACAAAGAUUGGGGAUUUUGAUACUGUGCAAAAUAAAGAAAUGUUGGCUUCUUCUUGUGGAUGUGAUGUGAAUAGUGAGGAAUUUUCAACUAAGGUUGGGGAUUUGGAUGUUCAAUUUCAAGAAACUGAGAAGAAGCAAGAAAUCUUUGCUUCUUCUGCUCAAGAACAAGCUCUUCUUUAUGAUUUGGUUUCCGAGUCUUUUGUAUGUGAUGUGAAUAGUGUAGACUUCUCAAAAACGGCUGAGAAUUUGGAUGUUCAGUUGCAAGAAACUGACAAUUUUGUGUCUGUUGGUGAAGCAGGAACUGAACAAGUAGUUAAUAAUGGGGUCAUAGAGGUAUGUAAAACCAUGGAAGUUGGAAAGGAUUCCGUCCUUGAAGAGAGUAAGGAGACUAUGUUGGAAGCCAAGAAGAAGCAGUUGUUGGCAAAAGUUGAGGGUGGUUCACUUUUUAAAGACAAGAACCGUGUGGAUAGUUCUUUGGGUUUUGAAAAUACUGUCGGAAUCUUGGGUGGUCUUAAAGGAAUUGAUGAGUCCGUCAAACGUUCAUUGAAGGUUCAAGUGAUUGAUGAUACGGCACUGAUUGGUACUGUUCCAGUUAUGAAAUCUUGUAAUGUUUGUGUAAAGAAUGCAGAGGGGAAUGUGAAAACGAAUGAGAAGCAAGAAGCUGAUGGAAAGAAGGGAAAUCGGCAAAGAAGAAAGAGGAAGGGAGUCAAAAAGGGUUUGAUGGUCAAUGAUGAGCAAACUAAAAUGACCCAUGUUGGAAACGAUUACAGUGGUGGUCAAAACAAUGGGGGUCAAGUAAAGAAGUUCUCGAGGGAGGAGAUGGAGGCCCUGAGAUUCGUGAACAUUGUUCAACAGAGGCAAUUUUGGAAAGAUAUUUACACUGGGCUCGGGGAUGCUGUUGUAAAGGAGUAUGAUGGCCUGGCAAGCUCAAGGCAUCAUCAGAAUAAUGCUGGCUUGAACUUUGAUCCACGGAAACAGUUUGGGAAGACUGAACUUGCCCCUGGUAUUCUUGUUUCAGGGGAAGUAUGUUCUGAAAAUGACGACGAAUUACAGAACAUGGGAGUGAAUGAGGUAAAAAACAUGACGAAUUUUGAUCCUAGAUUUAGUAAAAAUAUUGGGAGUGAAGAUGCCUACAUGGAAGGUGAGUCUUAUGAAGAAGAGAACAGCGAUGAAGAUUAUGGUAGCAUCCAGAGGCCUGCCUUUCAUGUAGAAGGAGAACCAGAUUUUGAUUCUGGACCUCCAGAAGAUGGUCUAGAAUAUCUUAGGCGAGUCAGGUGGGAAGCUUCUCAUAUUCAUAAAAUUAAGGUGGUAAAGCUUGACAGAAGUAAAGUGAACAAAGAACAAAGUAUUUAUAUGCCUCAGAUUCCUGAGAUUACCAAGUGCCCAGAGCAUUUAAUGCCAUUGAAGCAGUGGGAGGAUGCCUUUCUUUCUGAUUUUUCCAAUCUACGGAUGUAUUUAUCUCGCGAUGAGGAUUCCAGCUCUGAAAUUUCAUGUAAGCUGCAAUCACUGGCUAUCGACCAGGCUAAUGCUUGGGACGAUGAAAUAUCAAGGUGCUUUGAGAAUGCAAUUUCGACUUCCGUCAGUGAUUCUUCUAGCAGUAACCCUACACUGUCUUCAAUUUCAGCUAUGGAUGCUGUGAAACGAGUUUCAAUGCUGAGGAAGCGCAUAAGCUUGAUAGAAACCGUUGAUACACUAUCGAAAGAUGAUUGUAUGUGGCUUUUUGCUCUCUGUGCGGCAGUUGAUACACCGGUAAAUGCAGACACAUGCGCGGCCCUUAGGAGUCUGCUUCGCAAGUGUGCUAGCAUGCGAGCUGCAAAACCUGAAGUAGAUGAUGAGGUCGUAAUGCUUAAUAUUCUAAUAACUAUUUCAGGAAGAUAUUUUGGACAGUUUGGAUGAUGAAUGAAGUUGGUCCGUGCUGCUUUUAGUUUAUGUAUAUGAAUUUUAAUAUUCAUUAUCCCAUUCCCAUAUUCAAAUAUGUAUCGACUUUCCUGGUAACUCCUGCAUUUGUUUGACUGUCUAAUACACUUUUAAUGAGUAUGAGUAUAAUUUGAUAUUCUUAUUA